AUGACAAGUGUUUUGUUUGUAGCUCUCUUUGUGACGUCUUUCGCAGCGUAUCAAAGUGGCGAUGCUAUUCCUACUCAAUAUCAAAUUAAAACGACUGAUGUUUUAUACAAAUGGGAAUCUCUUCCAUAUUCGGCUCGCCCCAAAUUUGGCCAAGAGUCUACUUUCACUCUCGAACAAAUCGGAGCAACUUUCUUCUACAACGACGACUUCAAAAUACGGUUCUCUUUUCAAAAUGGGAGGUUUGUUUCGCCGUUCAUCGCAAUCCACUCAAAAGGAGUUGCGAUGGCAACAGACGCGGUCAUCACCUUUGGGGUGUCACACGCAAAUAUCACGAGUAUUGCACUCGUUCCGCAUUUAAAAGAUAACACGCCGAUGAAGUCUGAGACGUUUGGGUAUGUCUCAUUCACGUACCGUUUUAAAGAGAAAACGCAUGAGUACACGGAGAUUAGUAAAGGAGUUGUUACUGCAAUUUCCCUCUUAUUUACGGCAGUCUUGGCUGUUUUGACUUACGUCCGUCAGUCUAAAAAAUAA